CAAUGGUCGGAACCGCCACUGGUGCUCACAGCUCCCACGUGGGAUUUAAGCUCGGAAUCGCCACCCGAACCCACGCCAGGGCCGGGACAGGGACCGCCAUUCCUGCAGCGGCUUCUACUCCCGCCCGGCUCAGCCCACAGAGGGCAAUGGCAGCGCCCAUGCGGAGGAGACGGGCUGAGGUUGGCGUGACCUUUGAGGACAUUGCCCUGUACUUCUCCAGGGAGGAAUGGAGCCUCCUUGAUGAGGGUCAGAGACAGCUGUACCUGAAUGUGAUGCUGGAGAACUUUGAGCUUCUAUCCUCGCUGGGUUGCUGCUGUGGAGAAGAGAAUAUGGAGGUCCCGACUGAACAAAAGGGUUCUGGAAGAUUGUCACAGGCAAGGAAUCCCAAUUUACCCUUGUCUUCCCAGAGGAGCCACCCCUGUGAGAGUUGUGGGCUAGUCCUGGGAAGCGUUUUCCACGUUAUGAAACUCCAGGGAACACAACACAGACAAAUACUGUUGAGGUGUGGGGCUUGUGCAAAAAGAUUUUUUUUGUGUGCAAAAUUUCACCAGCAGCUUGUGAGAGAGAAGACUUUCGUUAGAGGUGUGGAAAGGCAGUCACUUGCAAACAACUGGAAGUUCAAUGUGUCCCAGAAUCAUUUCACAUGCAGGGAUGUUGGGCAGGUUGUCCUUACUGGGUCAGGACAUGUACACCUAAAGGCUACUCAUACUCAGACUGACAGUUCAAAUGCUAUUUUGAUGCGUGGGCUUGCAUUUCAAAAGAGAAAAAAUUAUUUCAGCAGAAAAGAAUAUAGGAAAUACAUUAGUUGCUCCCACACGUUUAUUCAGCAAAACGGUGUCCAUCUUGGAAGUGGUUAUUGUGUGUGCUCUUAAUGUGGUAAAUAUUUUACCAAAUUUUCUGGUUUUCAUUUUCAACAGAGAGGUAACACUGGAGAAAAGCAUUAUAAAUGCUGUGAAUGUGGAAAAUCUUUUACAAGUAGCCGUGCUCUCCAAUAUCAUCAGAGAGUUCACACUGGAGAAAAGACCUAUCAAUGCAGUGAAUGUGGGAAAGCUUUUUCCGCUAAGACCCACCUUCAUCGACAUCUGAGACUUCAUUUGGAAGAAAAGCUUCUUAAAUGCAGUGAAUAUGGAAAAACUUUUACGCAGAACACUGGCCUUCGUGAUCAUCAGGUAGUUCAUACAGGAGAAAAGCCUUUUCAGUGCCGUGAAUGUGGGAAAUCUUUUACCCGGAGCACUCACCUUCGUUUUCAUCAAAGAGUUCAUACAGGAGAAACGCCUUAUAAAUGCACUGUAUGUGGGAAAUCUUUUAAAACGAGCAAUGGUCUCCAAUAUCAUCAGAGAGUACACACUGGAGAAAAGCCUUAUCAAUGCAGUGAAUGUGGAAAAUCUUUUACCUCUAAGACCAUCCUUUGUCAACAUCAGAGAAUUCAUUCAGGAGAAAAGCCUUAUAAAUGCAGUGAAUGUGGGAAGUCUUUUAUCCAGAGCACUGAACUUCGUUAUAUCACAGACUUCAUACAGGAGAAAAGCCUUAUAAAUGCAGAGAAUGUGGGAAAUCUUUUACCCAUAGCUCCACUCUUUAUUAUCAUCACAGACUUCAUACAGGGGAAAAGCCUCAUAAAUGCAGUGAAUGUGGAAAAUCUUUGUGGAGGAGCAGCUGCUGCCUCAGCUGCGUGCAGCAACACGCUCUUUCCAGCUCCUCCACACCUGCCUCAGCCUCCUCACCGGCUGUCAAAUAUGAUGAAAGCAACCACUUACUAUGAUGUUUUGGCGGUCAAACCCAAUGCCACCCAGGAAGAACUGAAACAGGUUUAUAGGAAGCUGGCCUUGAAGUACCACCUUGGUGGGGGAGCAGCUGCUGCCUCGGCUGCAUGCAGCAGCAUGCUCUUUCCAGCUCCUCCACACCUGCCUCGGCCUUCUCACCAGCUGUCAAAUAUGAUGAAAGCAGCCACUUACUAUGAUGUUUUGGCGGUCAAACCCAGUGCCACCCAGGAAGAACUGAAAAAGGUUUAUAGGAAGCUGGCCUUGAAGUACCACCUUG